AUGGCGGGCGCGAUUGAGGACUUGGUGGUCCAGGUUGGCAAGCUGUCGACGCGCAAACCUGAAGAAAACCAGGAGGAACCAUCAGAAGAGGAAGCAGAGGCCGUGGCUCGCGCAAGGAAGCUGGAGUUUUAUGAGACAAUGGUGUCAGUCCACUACCACAGUGAUGCGCUCCAGAGGGAGCAGGAGCUCUUUGAAGCAGCUGCCAAGCACCUGGCAGUAAGGAGGACAGAACUGGAUGUGGUGCAAGCCAAGGGGGCUGCUUACAUUGCAGAGAGCCUCACUCGCCUCUGUGACCCACUGCCAUUCCCUGAGCCCAUCAGGAGGGCCCUGAUCAACAGGCUGUCGUCCUACACCGGCACGCUGAGCAGGGCAUCCUUCAUGGAAAUGAUGCUGGAGCUGCCUGGCACCAUGACAGGGCUUAUUGCUUGGCUGCAGCGCCGCCCACAGCAUGCGCACCUGCUCAGGGACAUGCAGGCGAUCAUGAACUGCCAGCUGGAGCCUGUCGUCAACAGCUGCAGCCAGGCGCUCCCGCCGUCGCCAGGUGCCCUCCCCCAGAGCCUGCUGCCGCAUACGCUGGCCGCGCAGCACUACAUGUCCAACACAGGCCCAGCCAAUGGCAGCCCGACAGCUGUCACAGACCCUGCCCACAGCAGCCCCACUACCGAGAGCAGCGAUGUCUCCAUCGGACCGUAUCCAACCCCGGCAUCCUCCCACGAUGAAGAGCUCCCUGCAAGCCCGGCGGCCACCAACGGCUCGCAGCCCCCCACGCUGCAGCAGACCCUGGAGUAUCUCCCCUACUGCGGCCUUCUCGUGCCGGGGCAGAUUGCUCAGCCGCCGCCGCCUCCGGCGCUCGGCUGCGCCGGGACGCCGCGUAAGACGGCGUUCCCACCGCAGGCCGGGUCCCCCCUGCCAACCCCCGAUGAGCGGGCGCGGGGCACACCAUGCGAGACGGCCCUCAGCAGCGAGCCAGAUCAGGACCAGGCCAUCCCCGCCCAGGCUCUGCGUGCGCAGCCGCCGGGCUUCGAGACUCCGGCAAUCGGCAACGGCGGCCAGAAUGUGGUGGAGGAGACAGACUCCGAGAGCGGCUCCCAGGCAGGCGCGGCCGAGGAGGAUACACACCUGCCAAAGGCAGAGCCGAGCGAGAGUGACAAGCCGCCGGCUGCAGAGCAGUCGCUGCUGCCAGAGCAACUGCCUCUCGAGGGCGGAAUCCACGCAGAGGAGAAGGCUGGGCAGGACAAGAUGAGGUGGGCUGAUGAAAUGGACAAGGGGGAGGAAGGGGAGAAGAAGGAGAAGAAGGACAAGAGGGGCAGGAAGGCCCGAGCGGGGGCGAACAAGAGGGCAUCUGCCAGCAGCAGGAUCCCUGUACCGGGAGCCGAGUUUGCUGAGGAGGCGCCGGUGCCACGCGGAUCUUCUAUAGAGCCGCAGCACGCCAAGCCGGCGGCCAAAACUCCUGCCGACGUGCCGGUGGUUGAGGCCCCGGCCCCUGCUGAGGACUCCGAAAAGGAUUUCAGGGACGGCAGCGUCUACGACGGCGAUUCUGACUACGGCCGGCCGCGCUCCGAGGCCUCUCAAGACUACUCUGCCUUCCACGAGGAUCACACCCGCCCCGUCAAGGCGCCUGGCUCUGAAGUACUGAGCGAUGCCCAGGACCACGCAGAGGUGGAGGCUGAGAAGAAGAAGGACCUCGAGCGGCUGGAUGCCCUUCGCGGUGCCUGGGGGGACUGUCGGCAGCUGUUUGCCGGCAAUCUGGGCUCGCAUGCGACAGAGACAGCUCUUAUGAUGAUUUUCCGAGACUACAACAUCGUCCACGUGAAGCUGUGCAAAGAGAGGGGCUUCUUUGGAGAACCGUACGCAGCAAAGGUGAAGGGCUACGGCUUUCUCACUUUCAAGGCGCCAGAAGAUGUGCGCAUCCCGCCCCUCAUGCUCUCCUAA